CAGAAUUAAAAGUCCUACCGGAAGUGACGCUCCUGGAAAACAAAGUGACGGCAGGCGAUGUUUGUUGUCAUUACUGUUUUUGUUGUGAAGAGCAAACGCGAGGAUCAUCUUCGCUUGGAUGGACCUAUGGUGAACAUUAUAGAGAGGUGAAAUGUGAGACACGAUGGCUGAUUUUGAAACGUAUCAGGAGUAUCAGCGGAUAGAAGAGUAUGAUGAAGACUCUCCGCCGGGAGAGGAAGAUUUACUCAUCCACGUGCCAGAGGGCCGAGGAGACCCAUGGCAUCAUAUCAAGAAUCUUGACAACUUCUUCACAAGAAUCUAUCAUUUCCAUCAGAAGAAUGGAUUCGCCUGCAUGGUGUUAUCUGAGUUUUUUGAACUUGUGCAGUUCCUGUUUGUGGUCACGUUUACGACAUUCCUCUUCAACUGCGUGGAAUACGAUGUUCUCUUUGCCAACCGAGCUGUCAAUCAUACGGGACAGAGCAUCGGUCCUAUGGACAGGAACAAGGUUACCCUUCCUGAUGCUAUUUUGCCCAGCGAGCAGUGCACCGAGAGGAUUCAAGGCAACAGCUGGAUAAUCUUUCUCUUGAUAAUGGCGGCCAUUUUUUGGGUCUACCGGCUCGUGAAGGUGAUCUGCAAUGUGCUCAGCUACUGGGAGAUCCGGCAGUUUUAUAUCAAAGCACUGAAAAUACGCAUGGAUGAAUUGUGCAACUUCUCAUGGCAAGAAGUUCAAGGUCGCUUGAUUCACCUGCAGCGUGAGCAUCCCAUGUGUGUCCAGAAGAGGGAACUCUCCGAACUGGACAUCUACCAUCGCAUCCUCCGCUUCAAAAACUACACCGUGGCCAUGGUCAACAAGUCCCUGCUGCCCGUCAAACUAAACGUGCCGUUUAUGGGCGAAAUGAUUUUCCUCACGCAGGGCCUAAAAUACAACUUCGAGCUCAUACUAUUCUGGGGACCUCUGUCGCUUUUCCAGAACAAAUGGAGUUUACAUCCCAAGUACAAACGGGCGGCUAACCGUCAGGAUCUGGCCAAACAGCUCAGUCGUGUCAUACUUUUAACAGGCCUCGUCAAUCUCCUGUUAUGCCCGUUCGUGCUGGUGUGGCAGGUGUUGUAUGCGUUUUUCAGCUACGCCGAAGUCAUCAAACGGGAACCGGGCAGUUUGGGGGCACGGCGCUGGUCGCUGUACGGCCGCCUCUACCUGCGACAUUUCAACGAGCUCGAUCACGAGCUGCAGGGCAGGAUGGGUCGCGGCUACAAACCGGCCGCUAAGUACAUGAAUGCCUUCGUUUCUCCUUUGAUGGCGGUCCUGGCGAAAAACGUGGCUUUCUUCUCUGGUUCGGUGCUGGCCGUGCUCAUCGCCCUGACGGUGUAUGAUGAGGAUGUGCUGACCGUGCAACACAUUCUGACCGCCAUCACUGUACUGGGAGUGAUCAUCACCGUCACCAGGUCAUUUAUUCCAGAUGAACAUAUGGUGUGGUGUCCCGAGCAGCUGCUCCAGUGUGUUCUGGCUCACAUUCACUACAUGCCCGACCACUGGAAGGGUCAGGCCAACAAGAGCGAGACCCGUGAUGAGAUGGCACAGCUUUUCCAGUACAAAGCGGUCUUUAUCUUGGAAGAGCUCCUGAGUCCUAUAAUUACCCCCUUCAUCCUCAUCUUCCCCCUUCGGAGCAAGUCUCUCGAAAUCAUCGAUUUCUUUCGUAACUUCACCGUAGAUGUGGCAGGGGUGGGAGACAUAUGCUCAUUCGCACAGAUGGACAUCAGGCGCCAUGGCAACCCACAGUGGAUGUCUGAAGGUCAGACGGAGGCGUCCGUGUAUCAGCAGGCUGAGAACGGCAAGACUGAACUUUCACUGAUGCACUUUACCAUCAAAAACCCUCGCUGGCAGCCGCCACAGGAGAGCUCGGUGUUCAUCAGUCAUCUGAAGGAGAAGGUUCAACACGAUGCUCAGACAGGACCUUCUCCUCAACUUCUCCUGUCUGAAGCUCCUCUUUGCACAUCGCUGCUCUCCAACGAAUCCGCCACUGGCCCUGAUAACCUGUUAGCCAGCGUCUUGGCUCACCCUGUGCUCACCGCGUCCGGGCUGCCCGCAUGGAACCGGCAUUGUAUCCCGCAGAACAGCGCGGCCUCGGCUGCCGCCAGCGUCCUGGCAUCCCUGUCCACAUCCCAGCAGCCUCACGCCGGGCGUUCUCGCCCGCACGCUCAUCUGCCAUCCAGACAGCCCCAUGACAGCCCGAUGUACAACAGCGACCACACGCUGGGCGACAGCAUGUCUGCAAGUGAAUCCAAGAUCCUCAGCCAAUCGUCUUCAGCCCUGGCAUCUGAGUUUGCAUCGGCAGAGAUGAGCCUCCAUGCUAUUUACAUGCACGAGGUACAUCAGCAGAAGACCCAGCAUGCACCUGGAUCGUAUGCGCACCAGGAGUCUGUGCCAAUGAGGGAAAUGAGUGCCAACAGCGAUCCACAGCUACAGUCAGUCAGUAUGGUGUCGCCCAGUCCUCACCGCUUGGGUGGCUGGGCUGAAGAGGAAGAAGAGGUGGAUGAAGAAGAGAUCAACACCAGCCCUGUGCCGGAUCAGACCAGCAGAGGGAGCAGCUGAAGUGCCUUCAAACCUGUGCGUUGUUGCAUUUGUUUGUGGGAGGAAUGUUGUGGCCUUACUUUGGUUUAAAAUCUUCUGAACAAGCAUGCUGGACAUCACGAGAGCAUGCAAAUAAAAACGGCCCUUCAGAAGAUCUCGGUUCGUCCUGCACAGAGGAACAGUGUGUCGUACAGUAACGUCUGUACAGUAUGUCUGCCACCACCCCUUCCUCCACAUCUAAAUCUAUUUAAAUGUAAGACUGCCGUGUGUGUGCUGGAGUGUAUGCUAGUUUUCAGACCAGAGAUGUUGCUUUUUGUUUGUGCUAUGACAUGAACUGAUGUCAAGCAGACAGAUUACAUUGUUUUUACAGUAUUUAUUUCGAUUUCAUUUCUUUCAAGCAAAGUUUGUUUCAUGGGGUUUAGAGCAAACUCAUUUCUCGCUUCUCUGAUUUAGACGACGUUUUACAGCCAGGCAGUAUUUAUAUUUCAAGCAAUGCCAUUGCAGGGUUACGAAUUUUUACAGCUGUAUCAUCAGCGAACGCAGAAACAUAUUAGUGAAUGUAAAAUCAUGCCAGUUGCCUCUUCAUAAAAACAUUAUUUAAAGCUUUUUCCCUUAAAAGAUGUAAUAUAUUAAAUGUAAAAAAAUUAUGCAUUAAAAUUUUAUUUAAUAGAACACGCAGUUUGCUAACAUUUUUAAGUAUCUUUAAAAAAAUCUAAAAUUUAAAAAAGCCUAAACGUAGCAAUUGAUGAUUGAAGGGCAGACUCACAGUUUUUAAAUCAUUAAAUAAUAAAAAAUAUAUUGUUGCGCUGUCUAAAAAGUUGGUCGGUCAUUAAUUCAAUUCCAUCGGCAAUUAUGCAAACUACUUUAGUUUAAAUCAUCUGAUGAUCAUAUUACUGCAGUAAUGCUUUUUGCUAAAAAGAAUGAUUAUUUCAAGACAUGCUUUUUUUA